UCCGUCUUGAUCACUCGAUAUUGAUUGACAAAUUAUCAUUACAAACAAAACAAAAAUUCUGAAAAACAACAAUGAAACUUUUAAUCCAUUCAAUGGCAAUCGUUGCUUCAGCAUGUCUUGUUUUCGGUUUCGAAAUCGAAAGCGGACAAUAUAAAAUUGCUGAUGCAUUGAUUAAACAUUCUGAUACGUUAAAAAACUGUACCGAAAACUAUAUACUAAAAUAUCUAAAUCAUUCUGAAGAAGAUUCCAAUGUAAAACAUUUAAAAAUUGAUAUACAUCUUGUUGAUGUUGUUUCAAAUGAACUUUAUGACAUGUUAUUUCAUAUGAAAAAUGAAAAUAUAACCGAACAUCAAUUAAGNGAAAAGGAAAUUUAUCAUUUAGAACAUUCAAAUGAAAAUUUAACUACUAAUAAUGAUUUUGAUCUUGAAAUCAAAAAUGAACGAUAUGAAAUAGCUGAUUUAUUGCUUAAACAUGCUGAUAUGUUGAAAGAAAUUGCUGAAAAUGAUAUACAAAAAUAUCAAAAUAAUUCUGAAGAUCAUUCAUCAAUCAUAUAUUUGAAACAUGAUAUACAACGUAUUGAAAAAUAUUAUGAUUAUGUACAUAAUAAUUCUCGAAUGGAAAACAUUGAUGAAGAUUUAUUACAUCAUUUUCAUUAUAUGGAAAAAGAAUUAUUAACAUUGGAAAAUCGAAUUGAAAAAGAAAUUUUUCAUUUGGAAUAUCAUCAUCGUCAUCGACAACAUCAAAUCAUCGCUGGUGAUAAAGAUGCUUUAUCAAUUUAA